AUGGAAAUCAAAGUUAUAAGUAAAAGAAAAGUUCCAUCAAAUAAAGCAAAUGAAAUAUUAGGAAAUUUUAUACUCGAGAGAAAACAAAAUGAAGAAAAUAGAUUAUUUUUAAGUGGUAAUGCAACUCCAACAGAAGAUUUUUUCCAACAUGUUUCAAGCAAUCUCGAUAAAUUUCAAAAGCAUUUAAACGAAUCAAUUAAUCCACAAUCGAACAAUAACAAUCCAUCAAAUAAACUAAGUACAGAUAUUGAAAUGAAUACAAGUGACUCAUCAAGUGAUGAAAAUACUGUUUCAUUAAAAGACUCUUCAAAUACUAUACAAUUCGACGAUGGUGAUGUUUCAGAAAGAAAUUCAGAUACCUCAUCAAAAGUUAAUACAAAUAUAAAAGAUAAUAGUUCAUCAAAUUCAACAGAAUCUGAAUCUGAAAAUGUAAAAAGUAAAAAUAAAAAGAAUGUAAAUAGUAAUAAUAAAAAGAAUAAAAAAGAAGAAUCCGACAGUGAAUCAUCAUCAUCAUCAUCAUCAUCAUCCGAAUCAUCAUCUGAAUCUGAAGAAGAGUCAUCAUCUGAAUCGUCAUCUGAAUCUGAAUCUGAAGACGAAAAAAAGAAAAAGAAAAAUAACAAAAAAGAUAAUAAAAAGAAAAAUGACAAAAAAAGAAAAGUAGAGUCAUCAGAUAGUUCUUCAUCCGAAUCAUCAGCUGAAUCAUCAUCUGAAGAUGAAAAGAAGAAAAAAAAGAAAAAAUAA